AUGCUCAAGGUCAGCAGGUGGAAGUACGGUGAUUUCGCCUCGGCUGUGGAGGAUUUGCAAGAGCAGGACUCGCAGUUGACGGAAGAACUGCAGCGAGUUGCCGGCGAGGCAGAGGAGCUGCGAAAGAAAUCCGAGGAAGCCGUCUGGGAAGUCUCUGGAAGGCUCAUUGGCGCAGAGGAUGAUUUGGAAAGAGACGACCCAAGGCCGGAAGAGGAAGCAUCCACGGUUCGCUCUGCAGCUUCUGUUCGCCCGAAGCUGCAGGAUCUUGCCCAGUUCAGGUCGCGCCGUUUCGCAGAAGAAUUGGAGUUUGUCCAAUGCUUGGCAAAUCCCAGUUACGUGAUGUGGCUGGCCUCUCAGGGCUUUCUUGGCGAUACCGGCUUUGCCCACUUCCUCGACUACUUGUGCUACUGGAGACGGCCGCAGUAUGUGCGCUACGCCGGGUUCCUUAAUGGGGAUCCGAAAGAUCACCUACCCGGCGUCCCUGGCGAUGCUGGAUCUUCUGCGGGAUCCAGCAGUUCGAGGACGGCUCCAGCGAACAGACGCCGAGAGCUUCCUGAGCAGCAAUCUGCUGCAUGCCUGGGGGAAAGUCCAGGAGGUUCGGCUGGGCCCAGAAGCUGA